CCUCUCAUCUCCAUCCUUAAUCGUCGCUCCCAUACACUUCCUUCGCUCUCCAUCUUACAAAAUCCUAGAGCGAGAGAGUUGUGUGUGUUCUUCUAAUCUUAUCUUGAUCUCCUUGUUCUUUCUAUCUCCUUGCAGCCAUGGCUUUGCUCGUUGAGAAAACCAGCAGCGGCCGCGAGUACAAGGUAAAGGAUAUGUCUCAGGCCGACUUUGGCCGUCUUGAGAUCGAGCUUGCCGAGGUCGAAAUGCCCGGUCUCAUGGCCUGUCGUGCUGAGUUCGGACCUUCACAACCCUUCAAGGGCGCCAAGAUCACCGGAUCUCUCCACAUGACAAUCCAAACCGCCGUCCUCAUCGAGACCCUCACCGCUCUCGGUGCCGAGGUCCGUUGGUGCUCCUGCAACAUCUUCUCCACUCAGGACCACGCCGCUGCCGCAAUCGCUAGGGAUUCCGCCGCUGUCUUCGCAUGGAAGGGUGAGACUCUGCAGGAGUACUGGUGGUGCACCGAGCGCGCUCUCGACUGGGGUCCAUCCGGUGGCCCUGAUCUUAUUGUUGACGAUGGUGGUGAUGCCACUCUCUUGAUCCACGAGGGUGUGAAGGCUGAGGAGAUCUUCGAGAAGACCGGUCAGUUGCCCGAUCCAAACUCUACCGAUAAUGCCGAGUUCCAGAUCGUGCUCACUAUCAUUAAGGACAGCCUCAAGACUGAUCCCAAGAGGUACCACAAGAUGAAGGAAAGAUUGGUUGGUGUCUCUGAGGAGACUACCACCGGAGUUAAGCGACUCUACCAGAUGCAGGCUAAUGGAACUCUGUUGUUCCCAGCCAUCAAUGUCAAUGACUCAGUCACUAAGAGCAAGUUUGAUAACUUGUACGGAUGCCGCCACUCUCUCCCUGACGGUCUGAUGAGGGCAACUGAUGUCAUGAUUGCUGGAAAGGUUGCUGUUGUUUGCGGUUAUGGUGAUGUUGGCAAGGGCUGUGCCGCAGCUUUGAAGCAGGCUGGUGCCAGAGUCAUUGUUACUGAGAUUGAUCCCAUUUGCGCUCUCCAGGCUCUGAUGGAGGGUCUCCAAGUUUUAACCCUGGAAGAUGUUGUCUCCGAGGCCGACAUCUUUGUCACCACCACUGGUAACAAGGACAUUAUAAUGGUUAGCCACAUGAAGAAGAUGAAGAACAAUGCCAUUGUCUGCAACAUUGGUCACUUUGACAAUGAAAUUGAUAUGCACGGACUUGAAACCUAUCCGGGUGUCAAGCGCAUCACCAUCAAGCCCCAAACUGACAGAUGGGUUUUCCCGGAAACCAACACUGGCAUCAUUGUGUUGGCUGAGGGUCGGCUCAUGAACUUGGGUUGUGCCACCGGACACCCUAGCUUUGUGAUGUCCUGCUCAUUCACAAACCAGGUGAUUGCCCAGCUGGAGCUCUGGAAGGAGAAGGCAACUGGCAAGUACGAGAAGAAGGUGUACGUUCUGCCCAAGCACCUUGAUGAGAAAGUUGCUGCUCUUCAUCUAGGGAAGCUUGGAGCCAAGCUGACGAAGCUCAGCAAGGACCAAGCUGACUACAUCAGCGUGCCAGUUGAGGGUCCAUACAAGCCUGCUCACUACAGGUACUGAGGCGAGAGAAGUGCUAUAUUUUGAGAGAGAGACAAAAAAAAAAAAAAGGACUUGAUUGUUUGUUUUGAUAUUUCCAAGAAUGGUUAUUCUGGUAGAGGAUUAGGGUUUAUGAUUCUUGUAGGGGUGUUUUGGGUGGGGGGAAAGUUUGGGGAGGAGGGGAAAUGAGAGAAGGUAUGUGGUGAAAGAAGACCAGUUGGUUUUAAAUAAUGUUUGGGUUGUGGCUGUGUGGAUAAUUUAUAAACUGAUGCAUGCGGGCGUGUAUUGCCUGCGUCUGUAUCGGAUUUUAA